CACUCCUCAGAGGCAGGAAAUGCUUCCCAGGCAAUCUGGGCCUGGUGGUGGAGGCCCCUUUCGCAAAACAUCAGUCUGAAUUUAGUAGACAGAAGUCACUAGGAACGCCUUGACAGACUCCUGCUUUAGCUACGGCUCCCUCCAGCUGCGGAGGGUGUUUUUGUUAGAAUAACACACUGCAUAAAACUGCUUAGAAUAGAGCCAUGAUCUCAACCACGAAAUGUGAACGUAUAUUUUGGAGAAACUAAUGGGGACGGACUUCUUUCCUAACCUGAGUGUUGAACAAUGUCAUGCCUUGGCGUUUCAGCUCCUCGUUGUCUAGGUGGCAAAAUGACAAAACUCACUCUCUUCUUCAAUCAGUGAAUUUGAAGUCAUCUUUCAUCAAUUUCCAUCUUCUUUAGUCUCAUAUGGAAAGUAUCUCUCUAUCUGUUGUUAAAUUACGAUGACAUGUCUGUAGCUAUCAGAAAGAGGAGCUGGGAAGAACAUGUGACCCAAUGGAUGGGACAGCCUUUUAAUUCUGAUGAUCAUAACACAGCAUGUCAUCAUGGACUAGUAGCUGACAGCUUGCAGGCAAGUAUGGAAAAAGAUGCAACUCUCAAUGCAGACCGCAAAGAGAAAUGUGUUUCACUACCAGACUGCUGUCAUGGACUGGAGAUGAGAGAUUUUCCUGGGAGGCCAAUGGGUCAUAUUUCAAAGGAGGUGGAUGAAAAUGACAGCCACGAAAGUGAAGAUCAGUUUCUUUCUCUGGAGGCCAGCACAGAAACAUUAGUGCAUGUUUCUGAUGAGGAUAUCGAUUCCGAUCUAUAUCUUACAGAUGAUAAACAGAUUUUAACUUCCCAAGGCCAUAACACAUCAGACCAACAUAGCGUCAAAGGAGCAGGCUCCUUAGUAAAGAUGCCACCUAUCACGAAAAGUAACCAAGAUUCUUAUAACUCCUGGGGAAUGGCUGAUGGAACUGAUUUAGUGUUGGUAGAAAGAAGAGGGGAGAGAAAAGUUAUUGAAAUUCUAAGUAAAAGCCUAGAGCUUUGUAAUGAUAUAAGCUUAAGUGAACUAAAAGAUGCAUCCGAAAUAAAUGCAUGUGAGUCAUUGAAUGUGAAUGAUAUUGUUCCUGAGAAGCAAUUGCUGAAUUCUGCUGUCAUUGCUCAACAACGAAGGAAACCUGACUUGCCUAAAGAUGAGCAUGAAAUAAACACCUGCAGUGUAGUACAAAAUGAGUUCUUCUCUAUUCCUUGUACAGACGGACAAUUGUCAUUAUUAAAAGCAGAUUCUGGAAGCUGCUUCCUGCAGCCUCCUCCCUACCUUAGUGGAAUGUCAGCUGAAAAUGGCCUGGAGAAGAGUGGUUUCUCAAAACAUCAAAACAAAAGUCUCCCAAAGGUCAACUCAGGAGAUGGCAUGCAGUGUUUACACAUAAAGGGGACUCUGGCCACCCAGGAAUCCACAGAUAAUCAAGUCAGACUUCGCAAAAGAAAGGAAAUAAAAGAAGACCGAAACAGGGCGCGUCUAGACUCCAUGGUGCUGCUAAUUAUGAAACUGGACCAACUUGAUCAGGACAUUGAGAAUGCGCUCAGCACCAGCCCGUCUCCGUCCAGCACACCAACCAACCUGAGGCGGCACGUUCUAGAUAUAGAGUCAGGAUCCGAAAGUGGAGCAGACACCAUUUCAGUGAAUCAGACACAAGUACAUUUGUCUUCUAACAUCGAGUCCACUGACCUACCACCUCCCACCCCAGUGGCCAAUUCUGGAACCAAACCCAAGUCUAUGGCUAUUCCAGGUAUUUCAGAGAAGGAAAAGGCUGAAAUUGAAGCCAAAGAAGCUUGUGAUUGGCUACGGGCAACAGGUUUCCCCCAGUAUGCACAGCUUUAUGAAGAUCUCCUGUUCCCCAUUGAUAUUUCCUUGGUCAAGAGAGAGCAUGAUUUUUUGGACAGAGAUGCCACCGAGGCUUUAUGCAGGCGUCUAAAUACUUUAAACAAAUGUGCGGUAAUGAAACUGGAAAUUAGUCCUCAUCGGAAGAAAAGUGAAGAUUCAGAUGAGGAUGAGCCUUGUGCAAUAAGUGGCAAAUGGACUUUCCAGAGGGACAGCAAGAGGUGGUCCCGGCUUGAAGAGUUUGAUGUCUUUUCCCCCAAGCAGGACCCAGUCCCUGGGUCCCCCGAGGACCCCCACCUGAAGAGCGCCCCAAGCCACGAAAGCAUGCUGACAGACCUCAGCGAGCGCCAGGAGGUGGCUUCCGUCCGCAGCCUCAGCAGCACGAGCAGCCUCCCCACCCACGUGCCCCUCGGUGGCGACGCUGCGACACCUAGGACUAACUCCGUCAUUAGCGUCUGCUCCUCCUCCGGCAACUUUGUAGGCAACGAUGACUCGUUCUGCAGCCUGCCCUCUCCCAAGGAACUGUCCAGCUUCAGCUUUAGCAUGAAAGGCCACGAGAAGAACACCAAGUCCAAGACCCGCAGUCUGCUGAAACGCAUGGAGAGCUUAAAGCUCAAGGGCUCCCACCACGGCAAGCACAAGGCGCCUUCCAAGCUGGGGCUGAUCAUCAGCGGGCCCAUCCUGCAAGAGGGGAUGGACGAGGAGAAGCUGAAGCAGCUGAACUGCGUGGAGAUCUCCGCACUCAACGGCAACCACAUUAACGUCCCCAUGGUACGAAAGAGGAGUGUUUCCAACUCCACCCAGACCAGCAGCAGCAGCAGCCAGUCUGAGACCAGCAGCGCCGUCAGCACACCCAGCCCUGUCACCAGGACGCGGAGCCUCAGCGCCUGCAACAAGCGCGUGGGCAUGUACUUAGAGGGCUUUGACCCCUUCAACCAGUCGACCUUCAACAACGUGGUAGAGCAGAACUUCAGAAACCGCGAGAGGUACCCAGAGGACACAGUGUUCUACAUCCCGGAAGAUCACAAGCCUGGCACUUUCCCCAAGGCCCUCUCCAAUGGCAGUUUCUCUCCCUCGGGGAAUAACAGCUCUGUGAACUGGAGGACGGGAAGCUUCCACGGCCCCGGCCACAUCAGCCUGAGGAGGGAAAACAGCAACGACAGCCCCAAGGAGCUUAAAAGACGCAAUUCCUCCAGCUCCAUGAGCAGCCGCCUGAGUAUCUAUGACAACGUGCCGGGCUCCAUCCUCUAUUCCAGCUCAGGAGACCUGGCUGACCUAGAGAACGAGGACAUAUUCCCCGAGCUGGAUGACAUUCUCUGCCACGUGAAUGGGAUGCAGAAGAUAGUCAACCAGUGGUCAGAAAAGUUUUCAGACGAAGGAGACUCAGACUCAGCCCUGGACUCGGUCUCUCCAUGCCCCUCCUCUCCCAAACAGAUACAUCUGGAUGUGGACAACGACCGAGCCACUCCCAGCGAUCUAGACAGCACAGGCAACUCGCUGAAUGAACCUGAAGAGCCCUCCGACAUCCCGGAGAGGAGAGACUCUGGGGUUGGGGCCUCCCUGACUAGAUCCAAUAGGCACAGACUGAGAUGGCACAGUUUCCAGAGCUCUCAUCGGCCGAGCUUGAACUCUGUAUCCCUGCAGAUUAACUGCCAGUCUGUGGCCCAGAUGAACCUGCUGCAGAAAUACUCACUCUUGAAGUUAACCGCCCUGCUGGAGAAAUACACACCUUCGAAUAAGCAUGGUUUCAGCUGGGCCGUGCCCAAGUUCAUGAAAAGGAUCAAGGUUCCAGACUACAAGGACCGGAAUGUGUUUGGAGUCCCUCUGACGGUCAACGUGCAGCGCACAGGACAGCCUCUGCCCCAGAGCAUUCAGCAGGCCAUGCGCUACCUCCGCAACCAUUGUUUGGAUCAGGUUGGGCUCUUCAGAAAAUCAGGUGUUAAAUCCCGGAUUCAGGCUCUGCGCCAGAUGAAUGAAAGUGCCAUAGAGUGUGUCAACUAUGAGGGACAGUCUGCUUAUGAUGUGGCAGAUAUGUUGAAGCAGUAUUUUCGAGAUCUUCCUGAGCCGCUAAUGACGAACAAGCUCUCAGAAACCUUCCUACAGAUCUACCAGUAUGUGCCCAAGGACCAGCGCCUCCAGGCAAUCAAGGCCGCCAUUAUGCUCCUGCCUGAUGAGAACCGGGAGGUUCUACAGACGCUCCUUUAUUUCUUAAGCGAUGUCACAGCAGCUGUGAAAGAAAACCAGAUGACUCCCACCAACCUGGCCGUGUGCUUAGCGCCUUCCCUCUUCCACCUCAACACCCUGAAAAGAGAGAAUUCUUCUCCAAGGGUAAUGCAAAGAAAACAAAGUUUAGGCAAACCCGACCAGAAAGAUUUGAAUGAAAACCUCGCUGCCACUCAAGGGCUGGCCCAUAUGAUAGCUGAGUGCAAGAAGCUUUUCCAGGUGCCUGAGGAAAUGAGCCGAUGUCGGAAUUCCUACACUGAACAAGAGCUAAAGCCCCUCACUCUAGAGGCAUUAGGACGCCUUUGUAAUGACGAGUCAGCUGACUACCAACACUUCCUCCAGGACUGCAUGGACAACCUGUUUAAAGAGGUCAAGGAGAAGUUUAAAGGCUGGGUCAGCCACUCCACAUCUGAACAGGCUGAGCUGUCCUAUAAGAAGGUGAGUGAAGGACCCCCUCUAAGGCUUUGGAGGUCAACCAUCGAAGUCCCUGCUAUGCCUGAGGAGAUCCUAAAGCGCCUACUUAAGGAGCAGCACCUAUGGGAUGUAGACCUGUUGGAUUCAAAAGUAAUUGAAAUCUUGGACAGUCAGACUGAAAUUUACCAGUAUGUCCAAAACAGCAUGGCACCCCAUCCUGCUCGGGACUACGUUGUUUUGAGGACAUGGAGGACGAACUUACCCAAGGGGGCGUGUGCCCUUUUACUCACCUCUGUGGACCACGACCGGGCACCUGUGGUGGGGGUGAGGGUCAAUGUGCUCCUGUCCAGGUAUCUGAUCGAACCCUGCGGGUCAGGGAAAUCCAAACUCACCUACAUGUGCAGAGCUGACUUAAGGGGCCACAUGCCAGAGUGGUACACGAAAUCUUUCGGACAUUUGUGUGCAGCUGAAGUUGUAAAGAUCCGAGACUCUUUCUGUAAUCAGAACACUGAAACCAAAGACACCAAAUCUAGGUGAUUACUGAAGCCGAGCACUAUGUCCACCACCUGGGAAUUUGUUUCUAAAACCCUGGCCAGUCCAUGGGAGAACGGUUCUGCAUCGAAUCCUGAAGCAAAAGGACAAGUCGGAGUGUAGGAAUGGACUGUAGCGAUUUGAUACAUUUUUAAAGCUGCUUCCUGUUUGUUUAAGGUCUAUGUUAUAGGCCUUGACUGGAAUAUAGAAGACUGAGCAAAAAAAAACAAAAAGAAAUGUAUUCUUAUGCGAAUUGCUUCUGAGAAGCAAAACUCUAUAAAUACAUUACGGAAGAUAAUGAAGAUACUUCGUUCUCUUGUGAUAUUGGUGUGUGUGUACCUAUAUCAUUGUAUUGGCAGUGUGCUGAGGGACUGGUGUAUCCACUGGAAUAGUUGGUACUCUUUGACAUGUGUUCUCACUGAGAUGAGCAAAGAAAGGUUUGCACAGAGAAGUGUGUGUAUGUGUGUUUGUUGCUGGCCGACUGGCAUAGAUGUGUAAGUUGGGAUGCAGUGUCUGGCACACUGAGAUGCCUCCAAGAAGGAUAUUGAUACAUCAGGUUCAGUUUAACCUGGAAUGUCUGACUACCCUUGGAUCCACCCAGAAAGGGAACCCAUUUAUUUGGAAGGGGUUGGACAACCCACCCUGGUCCAUUUUUUUUUUCCUGAGUUUUAAAACAGAUUCAUCCAUCAACCUCUUCUUGACCUUAAAAGUAACUGUAGUAAUUUACUCUAUCCCAUUUCAAACACAGUGUUUAUCUCUAGAACUGAUUGCAAAUAAUGAUGUCGUUUUGAACCAGGAUAGAUUAAUUAAGGGAUGAAAACGCCCCCCUUACUAGCUCCAAAACACAGUUUUGUUUUCGUUUUUGUCUAAAAAAAAGUGGAGAUGUAAAAACGGCACACUCUACCAUUUACUUGUGAAUCAAGCAUCAAAACAGUUUACUUGUCUGAAUUCUUUGCAUUUUCAUGUUUAUAACAGAAACUCUUUUAAGCGUACCAUGUAUGGGAGCACGGCAAACUGUGUAAGUCCCAAGGAAAUCCCUAUAAAUUUAACCCAACUGCAAAAGUCAUUGGUUGUUGUCAUUAACAGCAUUUCUGAAAGCUGAACAUGUUUAUUAAUUGGAUUUGCCCUUAACAGCAAAUAGAUUUUCUGGUUUUGUGACUUUUUGAGGGGGUUGUUUUUCCUACCUUUUCUUUUUCUUUUCCUUUAUAAUGAUGCCCUUGGAAUAUAUUUUAGUGGUAAUGUCAAAUAGUUAUCAUAGUAAAACAAAACAAAACACCAGCACAGUUUUUUGGAAGGGUAGUCUUUAUACAGGUUUUACUGUAAUGGUAAAGAUUGACUCAAGAGACAGUAUUAGUGAAAUUUAUUUAGUGCGGAUCGAAGUGAAUACUGUAUGAAUGAGAGUUGUUAAGAAGGAUUUUUAUUUUGUUUUAACAAUGUAGUUACCAUUAUCAGUGUUAUUUCAAAAGUUCUUUGAAGAAUUUGGGGGCGGGGACAGAUUUAGAGUGUUAAAAUUUGAGUAUUUUGGAUAUCAGUGUUCCUCAUGAAGAUAUACUUGUAUAUUCAAUUUUAAUGGCUUUCAGAUUUGUAAGAUUGUAUGUUGUAUAUACCAUUCUAAUAAGACACAUGUACACUUGUCCACUGUGCUUUCAAACAUAGAUUAAGCAUGAUAAAGAUUAUUAUUUAAAAUAUACUUGUAUUUAUACCUCAGAUAUUCUUUUGGGUUUUGUACCUCAAGGCUUUUUUUUUUCCUAAUGUAAAUACACUUUACAUGAAUACAGUCUAAAUGAAAAAAGAAAAAUAAAAGAAGAGGUUUAUAACUUACUCUAUUCCUGUACAGAAUAUAAUCGAUAAGUGCACUAUUAAAUGUUUAAGGGAAAAGUUGGGCCUGCUCUCGUUUGUAUUGCAUCUCACUCCCACCCUGAAAACCACAGGUUGCAAGGCAUAUUGUUCCAACAUCAACUAAAGUGAAAAACAGAAGAAUUGCUGAAGGAAAAACCGGACCACAAAUCAUUCCAAGGCCAAGCUGCAGCUGAGCCACUCACUAACAAACAGGAAACCCUGGUGAAGGUUCAGGAAGCAUGGCGAUGCUCUCCAAACAAAGGUCGUUAGGAAACCAUGUGCUGAGAAAGUUGCAAGAAUAAGCAACAGCCACAGAAAGAUGCCCAUAAGCAAAGCCAAGGUCACCAAUUCGCUCCACAAAAGGUCUCUUUCCCACUGUUUGGCUUUCCUGUUGAAAGGAUUCCUUACAUAUUUGACAAGAGGAGAAUUCCAAGGAUGUGAACGUUUGCAAGAACUCUGCUUAAGUCACGUAAGCGGUAUUGCCACGACUUACUAAUGGUGACGAAUGGCCUAGAGUGUAAGCUCUCUGAGGGCAGGGCUCUUCUGCACGGCUUUAUAACCUCCAGCAGCUUUCAGUGUUUUGUACUUGUAGGCACCUAAUAAAUUUAUUAUUUGCUAAGUGG